AAGUGCUGGGUGGGUUUUUUGGGGUGAAAAAGAGCGAAAAGGUCGCUGGGGUUUGGGGUUUCCAGUAGGAAACGAACCCAAAAUCCCGCGCGGGGCGAGAGCAGCCCUCGCAAGGUCAUCCCAAAGCGGCGGGCAGGCAGGAGCGCGCCCCAUCCUUGCGGUGCCCGCAGAAUGGGGAAACAGAAUAGCAAGCUGGCCCCUGAAGUGAUGGAAGAUCUGGUGAAGAGCACGGAGUUCAAUGAACAUGAGCUAAAACAGUGGUACAAAGGCUUUCUAAAGGACUGUCCAAGUGGUAGACUGAACCUUGAGGAGUUUCAGCAGCUCUACGUAAAAUUCUUUCCGUACGGAGAUGCUUCAAAGUUUGCCCAGCAUGCCUUCCGAACCUUUGAUAAAAAUGGAGAUGGGACCAUCGACUUCAGAGAGUUCAUUUGUGCAUUGUCCAUCACCUCAAGAGGCAGCUUUGAGCAAAAGCUAAACUGGGCCUUCAACAUGUACGACCUGGAUGGUGAUGGUAAAAUUACAAGAGUGGAAAUGCUGGAAAUUAUAGAGGCCAUCUACAAAAUGGUGGGCACUGUGAUAAUGAUGAAAAUGAAUGAGGAUGGUCUGACGCCUGAGCAGCGGGUGGACAAGAUCUUCAGUAAGAUGGAUAAGAACAAAGACGACCAGAUCACACUGGAUGAAUUCAAAGAAGCUGCAAAGAGCGAUCCUUCCAUUGUAUUACUCCUGCAGUGUGACAUUCAAAAAUGAGCUUGUGUACAAUGCAUUAUAGACUGCACAGAAGUUUAAUGUUCCAUUCAGUUUGCAGCUAUUUCCACACACAAAAAUUUGCUUGGACUACCUAUAAAUGGACUUGCUUCUUGUGUUUGAAACACUUGUGUGCAUGAGAAUGUCAUUUGCUAAAGAAUUUUAAAAGUAUAUAUUAUAAAAAUAAACUGCCACAACGUGAUGUGUGCACUGUCAUUUCAUAACAGCCCUAUUCCUCUGAAGCCUGUGCAGCAGUCCUGUGCUGCAGUGAAUUAUAUUAUUUAUUGUUCAUGUUUUACUGAUGCUAGCUCUGUGUCUCCUAGACUGAGUAAUGUUAGUGACACUGAAUUCCCAUGGUAAUGUUAACUGUUUAUUAUAAACCAUGUCACCAUUCUGCUGUAAAGUAGUAUUGGACAGACAGAGGGAAGACUUCCUCAGUUCUUGAGUCUGAUCCACACGUGCUUGUAUUGUCAGUGGAUAUAAAUGUACUUCAUUUGCAUGCCUUUUAGGUUUGCCUUAAUUCUUACCUCAUUUGCAUCCCUUCAAUCUGGAAAGAGCUAUGUCAGAGGAAUGCAGUAUAAAAAGCAAAUCCUGCUAAAAUGAUCCCUUUAAAAGUAUAUAUAAAUAUAUAUAUAAUGUUUAAAAUAUUGUUUUAUUGGAAGUUUAAAGGUUUUAUUGGAAGUGUAUUGAUCUUUGCCUGAAUUUUCAAAAGCUUCCACAGAGGUUGCAAUAUAUAUGUCCCAAAAUAAAUUUAUAACAUUUGACCUUUUCCCCUAAUUCUUAUUUCACAUCUUCAGCAUGGUAACAGGAAAAAAAAAAGUUCUAUAAUUAUCUGUCACUGUACUACUGGGAAAUAUAUAUAUUUCAUUAUGAAAGCAUGAAGAAAACUUUUUUGCACUUACUCGGUAGAAGAGUCAUAUUAUACAAAACCAACAGUUGUAGUGCUUGUGUUACCAACAGAGCAGCUGUUUAUCCUCUAAGAUGUUAAUGCUAAGAUUUAACAGUAUACCUACAAGACCUGUGCUUACAUAACUUUUUCAGCCAGCUGGAAGUCAAAUACAGUUUAUUUGCUUGGCCUAAACCUGGUCUUUUAAUGGUUUCCACAGCAAGUAAGUCUCUCCUCUUACAAUAUGAUAUGAAACUAAUAGAGGCAGAAAAUAGAGUGGUAUUAUCAAAAAAUUGUUAUUGAUAAAUUAACCUUUCAGCAUGAUUAUUGAGAAGAGGUAGUCGAAAGAACCCCCUUUGUCCUCAAUUCUACGUGCAAUCAAGUUUAUGUCUAUAACUUGGCAAGUGUGAGUUCUGCACAGCCCUGGGAAAGCAUGGAGAACUAGCAGAUUGCAGAUAAUCUUUCCUAUACUAGGUUUCCCAGUUGCUUUAAAUAAAGGCCAUUGCUCAUAGGUUGAAAAAAAAAAAAAAAAAAAAAGUUGUCUGAAAAGCUCACUCUACUGCAUGUUUGAUAUUUCCUCUUUGCCUUAUGAAAGGAGACAGUACUCCCAAUAGCUAAAAAUCAGACAAUAAAACAUGACAAAAC